GAAUUUGUCUAGCAGGUUUUCUGGCUCUUGCCGGAAAACCCCUCCCAAUCUCACUGGUUAACAAGAAUAGCAACGGGCCCAGCUUGGCGGCUGGUGGUGUUUUUUUCUCGCUGUGGUCCCCUAUUCCUCUAGGACUUCCGUGCGUGUGUGUUAGGUCCACGCUCGGAGACUUCCGCCUCGCGCGCUAUAGCUUCCUUUCCGCCUCCGCUGGCCCGCAGCCGUGGUAGGAGGCUGCUGGCUUCUCCAGAUCUCUUCGGUGUUCCCAUAGUCAAGUAGCGACUGGCGUUCUAUGGCGUCCGCCUCGGCCCAGCCCGCGGCCCUGAGCGCAGAGCAGGCCAAGGUGGUCUUGGCGGAGGUGAUCCAAGCGUUUUCGGCCCCAGAGAACGCCGUGCGCAUGGACGAGGCUAGAGACAAUGCAUGCAACGAUAUGGGCAAGAUGCUGCAGUUCGUGCUGCCAGUAGCCACACAGAUCCAGCAGGAGGUUAUUAAAGCCUAUGGCUUCAGUUGCGACGGGGAAGGUGUCCUUAAGUUUGCCCGCCUAGUCAAGUCUUACGAAGCGCAGGAUCCUGAGAUUGCCAGCCUGUCCGGCAAGUUAAAGGCCCUGUUCCUGCCCCCUAUGACUCUGCCACCCCAUGGGCAGGCUUCCGGAAGCAGUGUGGCAGCCUCCUGAGAUUUGUUCUUGCGCGUGUGCCACCGCCAGGGAAGACGACCUUGCUCUCCAGAAGAUAAUAAAUGCUUGUGACUAAA